UCUGUGAUCAUUGUGAGUUGAAGCAUAACGCGUGUGUACUGCUGUAGUCUGGUCCCAGCCUGGCCGAUCUUGUGCUGUUCAACGUGUUUAAGACCUCGAAUCAGGGACACACUGACUACGAACUGUGCUUUACAGGACAGAGAUCUACCGAGUGAAGUUUGAUCAUGACUGAGCUUGAGGAUCCCGCUGCUGUUCCUGCCGUGAAGGUCCAGCAGUCUGAGACCAGCGCACUCAUACCGGGCCGUCUGCAGGGGCUGAAGGAAAAGGCCAAGAGAACUACGCAGGACCUGGCAGAGAACACUCAUACCUACAAGGGACAGAAGACGAUGCACGAGGGCCUACAGAACACCGCCCUGCUCACCAGUAAUGCAGCACAGAUGAUCACACUGGUGAAGGGGACAGAGGAGGCCGCUCUCACCGGGCCACAGAUCGCCCGGAUGGCUCUCCUGGCGUUCUCCCUUUUCUUCCAAGGUGUGAUCUACGUGCUGCUGCUACUGCAGGGCAAGACACGCGUGAGGAAGAAGGAGGAGUACACCCAGGCCGAGCACAGGAACCAGGACAAACAGAAGCUCAGGAACACCAACAAGGUGGCCAUGGUCUUCACGGGACUGGUGCUGGUCAUAAACUUCGCUAUAACGCAACUAGAAUGAACUGGAUACAGGUAGCAGAGGUCAUGAGUUCAUGGUAAAAAGAUGGUCGACAACAGA